AUGCAGCCUCGACUUAGUCCAGCGCGGGCCAUGCGCGCCCUCACUCUGGGCAUCUUCGUCGCCGCACGAAGUACCACAGCACAGUCUGGCGGGAGCAGCAGCAGCUGUUCCUACAAGGACGCCUCUCUGGCCACGACGAACCUCUGCAUCGACACGAGCUAUGUAAAGCCCGCCGAAGCCACCUUCGCCCUGCCGCCUCUGUUCACGGACUCGGUGCUCUUCUACUACGCCAUCGACGCCCUCGGCCCGGACGAGGCGAUCCAGUACGAUAUCACGCUCGGCAACACCGGCCUGCGCGACUCGUCCAUGGUGGCGUACUGGUUCGACUACGACCUCGAGGACGUCGCCCUCGCCGACAAGACCAACUUCACGGUGGAGACGGCUUACAAGGUGUACUUUACAAAGCUCCCCAGCGCAGCCACGGGGGGCGGCAACGGCGGCUGCGACGGGCUCCUGGGGAGCAUGUGCGCCGAUUCGAUCAGGAACCGAGUCGAGUACCUGGCGUUCGACGAUGUCGUCAAGCCCCUCGACAAGCUGGACGACGCGAAGCAGUGGGGCAACAUCGUGGGCUGUCCGGUGGGCAUUGAGCGCGAGUCUCUGAAUUAUGGCGGCGCGGGGGACUUUGAUAAGGGCGGGAUUGGUUCUGAUCUCGUCGUACCUGUUGCAGAAUUCGUCAUCCAGUACAACACCAACUCCAAUCUCGCCGGCCUCUAUGGUAAAUAUCAGAUCCCCCCGCCGGGCAACUCCUCCGCUGCGUGGAGCCGGACGCUGCGCCCGAGCCGGGCCUUCCGCGAGCAGCUCGACUACGCGGCCAUCUCCGUCAUCGCGCGGUACCAGUCCCUCGACAGGUCCAUCGGUCCCCAGGCCGCCAAGUCGAGAAAGGGUUCGAAGGUGCAGGUCGCGCUGGCGUGCGCGAAGCUUCCGGCCAACACGAAGCCGCCGCCGGUGGGGCCGCAAGGCGGGAGUGCAGUGGCUCCAAGGCCGGCAUUGUGGGCUGUGCUGCUCGGAUACGCCAUGGCUGUGCUGUGGUUGUCAAUACCCAGAUGAAAGGCUCAUUGUUACUAUCUCAUGGAGAGAGAGGUGCUGCACAGCUCAACAUCGUUGUGCUCCAAUGGGGAUGUGCUAUGUUGCCGACGGUUUUGCAUUCUAGAGCCACGCAGCGGCACAUGAGGCCAUAUCAGUGACGGUAGAUGAGUAGGAUACCGAGACAGACAGUGCAAUACGUAGCCAUUUGCUU